AUGAAAGAAUUACCUUUAGAAAACGAGGCGGAGAUCAUUUAUGAAUACAUAACAUCUAUUGAAAAUGUUAUAAUAAAGUUUAAUAAUUAUAUAAAUAAAAAGAAGAUUCAACAAAAUGUUAUUGAAAAUAAAGAAUUUUUAAAUAAUAUUGUCUGGAAAUAUUUAAAUAAAUUUAUUCCACUAAAAUUAUCUCUCCAUAUGAAAUGUGUACAAAACAGAAAUUUUUAUCAAUACAUAUUCCUUUGUGCAUUUUAUCAUAUAAUUAUUAAAUACAUAAUAUACGAUCCUCUGUUUGUUCUACAAAGCGUUUUAGAAAAUACAAAUGAAAAUGAAGAAAAUGGUAUAUAUAACGAAUUAAUUAAAAUUUGUACAGAUAACAAUAUCGAAUUCAAAGAAAUAAAUAAUAAUUAUUUGAUUCAUAAUUCAACUUAUGAAAAUUUUUGUGAUAUUAUUUAUUCUUUUGGCAUUUUAUGCUACAUUUAUGAAUUUUAUACAUUUUUUAAGAUAAAAAAUAUAAAAAUUGGAAAAAAUGAAAAAUUAUCAUUAAAUUUUUUUAAUUGGAUUUAUGAUAUAAAAUAUAAUAUUUUAAAAAAUAUAAAAACGAGCAAUAUAAAUAAAACAGAUGGUUAUUAUUUACAAAAUGAAGAAACAAUUAAAAAUAAAUUAACUUGUAAUUAUUUUUCAGAGCAUGUAAUGAAGAUUUUUAUGAAUAAAAACCAAAAGGAUAAUAAUUGGGAAAUCAUAAAAUAUGAUAAAGACAAUUUUUUACAUUCAGAACAAAUAAAAAAUUAUUUAAAUUUUGUUAAAUAUAAUUUUAUUAAUAUUAGGGAAACUAUAAAUAAUAGUCGUGAAUUAUUUGAAUUGGAAAAUUGCUGUGUAGAUAAUGAUUUUUUAAAUUAUAUAUUUAUAAAAAAAAAACAAAUCGAAGAAAUAUUUCUAUUACCGUAUUAUACAAAAGACAUUAAUGAAUCGAAUAUUAAUGGUAAUAUAAAAGAAACAGAUAACUGUAAAUCUUUUUUUGAUAAAUGUUAUAACAAUAUUGAGGAUAACAAUGGUACCUAUGGAUUGAUAAAAAAGGAAAUGCGCAUUUCCAAACGAUAUAAAAAUAGUGAAAAUCUUGAAAAUUUUGAAAAAAUAUUCGUUUUAGCAACUGUAAACAAUGAAAAUGCAACUGGUAAAUCGAAUUUUGUUGAAAUCAAUAAUGUUAAAAAUGACGAAGAUAAUAAAUCUGAAAAUUUUGAAUAUAUAAAACACCACUUAAAUAGUUUAUAUGAAAAAAUGAAAAUUUUGAAGAUAUCCAAAUUAUAUGUUCCUAUAUAUUUAUAUAUAAAUAAUAUGUUUGAUUUUUUUAAUAAUAAUAACGAUAAUAGUAUUUUUAAUGGUAAUAAUAGAACUUCCAGCAAAAAUAACAAUCAUAAUAGAAGAAAAUAUAAAAAAAUAAAUAAUUUUAAUUUAGAUUUUAAUGAAGAAUUACAAGAAAAUAGUCAAAAAAAUAUUUCAAACAAUUGUAAUAAUAGCGUACAUAAUGAAAAUAAUUUAAAGGAAAUAUUUUAUAUUUUAUUAUAUUUAGGAGAUAUAGUUGAUUUCAUUGUUCAUAAAAAAAAAUGUAUUGAUAAAAAAGAUAUAUUUAGUAAUUUAAAAAAAUAUAUAGACACAGAAUUAUUUAAUUAUAAAAAUAAUUUUGAAAAUGAAGAAAAUUUUAUAAAAGAAAUUAAAAAUAAAAAUGAUAUUGAAUGUAAAGAAUAUCAUAGAAUAUUCUUUACCCCGGCUAUUGGUUAUGAAGAAGAAUAUAUUUCUGAAAAAAAUGGAGAAAAUCAUAAAAAUGAAAAUGAUACUAUUUUUUAUACUAAUCAAAUUGAUUAUAACAACUUAAAAUGUAAUUUAAAAGAAGAAAUGUAUUCGCAAGCUGGUAGUAUCGAAUCGGUAAAUGAUAGGGGGGGGAUUUGUGGAAAAAGUGAAAAAGAUAAAGGAAAUAAUAAUAUAUCAUUAAAAUCAAAGUAUAUUAUUCAAAUUAAUAAUUUUGUAAAUGAAUAUAUAUAUAUGUUUAUAUCUUAUGUUAGUUUAAAUGUUACAAAAAUUGCAAUUUUAUUAAUAGAUAAAUAUAAUUUAAUAAUACCAAACAAUUAUUUAGAUUUAAGUUGUUAUGCUUAUAUAUGUAAUAAUAAUAAAAAUAAUUUUAAUCUUUUAUAUUUUAUAAGUAAAUAUAAUAUUCAUCAUUAUUUUUUUUCAAAUGAUAUUGUUAAUAAAGAUAUUAAGCACAAUUAUUAUAAGUAUAAUAAUCUUGAAAACUUAGAAAUUCAUACUAAGCAAAAUGAUUGUAAUUGUAUGUACAUAAAUGAUAUAAUAACUUUUAAAUGUAUUUCACAUGAAAAUCAAGAGUUAUAUACUAACAAAAAAAAUAAAAAACUUAAACAUAAAAUGGAAAAACAAUGGAUAAAUGAAGCAUAUUAUUAUACUAGACAUCAAAGCAAUUGCAGUCGAAAUAGUACAAAUAGUAAUAGAUAUAGGAAUUUUUACGAUAAAAUGAAAAGAAAACUUGAUAAACCAAAAGGAAAUAAUGUAAAUAUAUUAUAUAACUCAAGUAAUAACAAACUAAAUAUUUCAUUUUGCGAUAGAUAUAAAGAUAAUUAUAAUUAUUCAUAUUUGUCUACGUCUACAAAAAAAGAAAAGGAAGAAGUGCCUUAUGAUCAGAAUAAAAUAGAUAAUAUUGUAUCAGAUAAAUUAUUAACACAAAAAAAAAAAAAAAAUUUAGGAGUAGAAUAUAAUGAUUAUGAUGAAAAAGAUGAAAUUAUUUCUUCAAUUAAAAAUAGUUUUUAUGAAAAAAAUAGUAAAAUAAAUGAGGAAACUCAAUUUAUAAAUAUUAAUUUGAAUGAUAAAAUAAGGUGUGUAAAAUAUGAACAAUGUUAUAAAAAGUUUGAAGAAAUGAAAAAUGGGAAAAAUAAAAAUGAUGAAUAUUCAAUAAAUAAUAAUGAAAUAAAAUUAUUACCUAACGAAGCAAAACAAAAUUGUAAUUUUGAAACUCCUAAAAGAGAAGAUAUAAAUUAUAAAGGACGUGAAAAUGGUAUAUUUAAUAAGAAACAAAUUAUUGAUCUAAAAAAUACAAAAUAUAUAAAUGAUUAUAGAAAUGACGAUAAAAUUAAUUUGGAUAAUCAUUAUAUUGCUUAUAGUACAUAUGGAAAUAGUAAUACAUCUUGUGAUAAUAGCAGCAAAAACAACUAUUCAAUCGAUAAUAAUAAAAAUAAUAGUAGUUAUAGUAUUGAUUAUAAAUAUCAAAUAAAUUAUUGUAAUAAUACGAAUAGCGAUAAAGUUGUAAGUGAAAAUAGUAUCCAAAGUAAUAUUAGCAAUAAAAAUAGAAGAAUAAAUUUGAAUGUGAAUAAAAUAAAUAAUAUAAAUUUUUUAGACAAAUCUCUAUAUCCAAUAAAAUUAGAUAUUAAUAAUAAUUUACAAAUAAAUGAUUUAUUUAUUAGUGAUGCAAAAGUUUCAAAUUAUGUAGAAUAUUGUAAAGGGGAUAAAACAUUAGAACUUGAAUUAAUUAAACAAAAAUUAAUAAGUGGAAAUACAAAAUAUGCAAUAAAAUUGAUAAAAAAUUUUAAUUAUGAAUUAUUAGAAUUUCCAAAUUUAUUUUUAUAUUUAAAUUACAAAUCUUAUAACUAUUUAUUAAGCAAUUUUGAUAAAAAAUAUAUUAUUUAUUAUCUUUUUGAUAAUCCCAAAUAUUUGAAAAUGUAUUUUUAUUCAUUAUUAAAAAGAAAAAAUUUAGAACAUUGCUUAAUAGCAUUAUAUUUUUUAUAUCCAAAUUACAUAUCAUUUGAUGAUACAUAUUUUCAAAUGUUUUAUUUUUUAUAUUUUAAGAAUCAAAAAAGUGAAAAGGGAAAUUAUAAUAAUGGUAAUUAUUUAGAUCAUAAUAAUGACAAAAUGUUUAUAUAUGAUCAUCAAAAUAAAAGAGCAUAUGAUAAUGAUUAUAAAAAUAUUAAUAAAAAAUAUUUAACAACAAAUAACAUGUGUAAUCAUAUUAAUAAUUGUAACAACAUUUCAAAUGGGGAAAGUGAGUUUAAUGUUGAAAACAUCAGAUAUCUAAACAGUGGGGUGUGGAAUUAUAAUAAUAUAUAUUAUUUUUUAAAAAAAGAUUGUAUAAUAAUAAAUGAAUCAUAUAUUAUGCUAAAAAAUGAAGAAGUUAUGUCAGAAGAUAGUAUAACACGACGAAUAUAUAAAAUAUCGGAUGUUUUUAAAUAUUUUGAUAUUUUUGAAAAAUUUAAAAAAAUUAAUUCAGAAAUUGUAAAAAAUUCAUUUUAUUAUUUAGUUAAAAGAAAUGGAACAUGCUCAUGUUAUAAAAAUUAUAUUUGUAUUAAUGAUUUAGGAUCAUCUUUAAAAGAAAUAGUUAUAAUUGAAUAUUUUCAUGAUUUUUUAACUUUAUAUGGAUAUAUAAAAAAAAAUGAAAAAAUAAUAUUUGUUGACGCUGAAUGGAAAUGUGCAGUAUUUAGAGAAAAUCCGAUUAUAUCUAUUUUUCAAAUUGCUUUGAAAAAUACUAAUUUGUCAUAUAUAAUUGACGUAAAAAAAAUAACAAUUGAAAAUUAUGAAGUUAAUUAUUAUAUAUCUGAACUUUUUAGGGAUGAAAGUAUUAUUAAGAUUGGAGUGGCAUUUAUAAAUAACGAUAUGCUACAAUUUAAAAAAUUUUAUGAUCUUUUAAAUAUGUUACAGUCUGAAAAAUAUAGCAACAUAUUAUUAAAAGAAAAUAGUAACGAUAAAAAUAUGAGUCAAGAAAUCGGAAACAAAUAUAGAUAUAAUAUGAAUUCAAGUUACAAUAUGAAUGAUAAUACAAAUAGUUAUAAUAAUGAAGACUUAUUAAAAAAAAUUAUGAGAAAUUAUUUUCGAAUGGAUAAAAAUUACAGAAACGGAUGCAAUACUAACUAUUUUAAUAAUUAUAAUAAUGGAAAUAAAUAUAAUAAUUUUGUAAAAAAAAAAAAAUAUGAUCAAAGGAAAAAUAUUUAUAAUUUAAAUGACGAUAUAAGUUAUAAAAAUAUAUAUCCAGUUAAUUAUUUUUUAAAAUAUAAAAAGAACACAGCUUUAAUUAAUAAGCAUUUAAAUACAAAAUGUGAAGUAUGUAAUAAAACUGGUAUUUAUAGUUGUAUACAUAAAUAUUAUGAUUUAAAAAACAUAUAUAAUAAAUAUUAUGAACACUUGAAAAAUAGUUUUCCAUGUCUCAAAAAAAAUACCACCCUUUCAGUUAAACUAUUUGGUAAAGCAUUAUUUCCAGACAAAGAAGUAAAUAAAGAAUACCAAAUAAUUAAUUGGAAUUUUAGGCCGCUUUCAUUUAAAAGUUUAGAGUAUGCAAUUCUCGAUGUUCUUAUUUUAAAAAAUUUUUAUAAUUUAAUUCAGUCAAAAUUACCUUUUAAUAUUGAAGACGAUUUAUAA